GUCGCUCAGUCAUGUAUUGCGGGAUCGAGCAAAAGUAUUCUAAUAAUGGAAAAAUUCCUUCCGGCUUGUUUGCUAGUGGUUCUCAUGCUGGGAAUACAGCCUGCUAUCAUCGAAGGGGCCAAUAUCCUGGGAGUAUUCAACAGUCACAGUCCCUCUCAUGUGAUCGUAAACAUGGCUGUGGCUAAGACUCUGGCAGAUCGGGGUCACAACAUCACAGUGCUGACCCAGAUGAAGCCCAAGUUUCAGCCUCAUGAGAACAUAACGGUGAUUGUGGCGCUACCUACGCCCGAACGGGAGAGGAUCACUAAGGAGUACAUGGCUCAAAUGUCCAGCCAGCAGAAAUCCUCUUGGAGCUUUCUGGCCAAGCUAUUUGUGCGGUCCAGUCCCAUACUCGAUGGACAAUACGAGUGGACUCAGCAUCCUAGAGUAAAGGCCAUCUACGAGAAUCCCCAGACCAAGUAUGAUCUGGUAAUUUUGGGUCUGAUGCUCAACGAUUUCCAACUGGGCUUUGCAGCUAAACUCCGCUGUCCGGUGAUCUUAUCCUGGGUGGGAAUACCUAUGCCCUUAAUGGAUUCGCAGGUGGGAAAUAUCGAUGAUCCGGCCUAUGUUCCCAGUCUGAACGUAGCCCUCGAACCGGGGCAGCUCACCAUGGGCUUUGGCAUGCGUUUCGUCAACUUCUUUAAGCAUUCUUUCCUGAAAAUUGUAGAUGUUUUUAUGAGACAGAAAAUGAAUGACUAUUAUAAUGGAGCUUUUGGCAAUGAUUCAGAUCCGGAGUUUCCUUCGUACUACGAGAUGAAGCGUCGCAUAUCCCUGCUGUUCUACAACUAUCAUGGCCCCAGCGAGGGACCCAUCCGUCCCACAGUCCCGCAAUCCAUUGAAAUUGGUGGCAUACAGGUGAAGGAGAAGCCUGAUCCUCUACCUAAGGAUCUGGCUGAGUUCCUCGACAACUCCACUGAGGGAGCCAUACUCUUUAGUCUCGGGACCAAUGCCAGAUUCACUGAUAUUCGUCCUCAAAUCGUAAAGGUUUUGUACAAUGUGCUUUCCAAGCUUCCUCAGCUGGUGGUCUGGAAGUGGGAGGACAUGGAGAAUACCCCAGGAAAUGCAUCAAAUAUAUACUUUAGUAAAUGGCUUCCCCAGGACGACAUCCUGGCGCAUCCAAAGACGCGACUCUUCAUCACCCAUGCGGGUAAGGGUGGGAUAGCCGAGGCCCAGUUCCAUGGAGUUCCUAUGCUAGCAUUCCCGAUAUUCGGGGAUCAGCCGGGAAAUGCAGAACUUAUGGCAAAAUCAGGAUUUGGACUCCAUCUAGAUAUCCUGACUCUCACAGAGGAUGUUCUGGAGGAGACCAUUCGUGAGCUCUUGCAGAAUCCCACUUACGCGGCGAGUGUGGGCAGGUUCUCGGCUCUAUAUCGCGAUCGUCCGCUGACCGCCCGCCAGUCGGUUGUCUACUGGACAGAGUAUGUACUCCGCCACCAGGGCGCAUAUCACCUGCAGAGUCCCCGGCUCCACAUGGGUAUCGUCGCCCGCCACAAUCUGGAUGUGUACGGAACACUCGUGCUGGUUGGAUUGGUUACGCUGUUAAUACUACGCCUGGCAUUCCGAUAUGUAUUUCACAACGUUUUAGGAGCUGUGCGUGGUCAUUGUUAUCGGACAAAAGCCACGAAUAAAAAGCCUAAAGAUAAGUUAUUCUGA